GUGCCUAUAAAUUGAGGAGCUUCUUCAAGAGUGAACAGAAAGACGAGAGACGAGGACACUAGAGGAACUAAAGGAUUUUACAUUAUUUUCACUGGGCUGGAUUAUAACCUACCUGGAAAACUAUUUAGUGAGUGGUGGCCGGCUCAUGUCAACAGAGUUAAGGACCUGAGGCAUUUCCACAAUAAAACCGCUUCAAAAGACUAGUGCACUUCUCAAGAAAACUUGAAGCUUUUCUUUACCCUCGUUUACAGGCGCAGAAAUGGUUGCCAUGAAAACCAAAGACAUGGUGCCCUCUGCGGCAGUUAAGUUCUUCGGAGCAGGCACCGCAGCCUGCAUCGCUGACCUCAUCACUUUUCCACUGGAUACAGCCAAAGUCAGACUGCAGAUUCAGGGAGAGGCUCAGAAAGUUGAAGGAGCACUGAAGUAUCGGGGAGUGUUUGGCACCAUCACCACCAUGGUGCGCACAGAGGGGCCCAGGAGUCUUUAUAAUGGACUGGUGGCAGGGCUCCAGAGACAGAUGAGCUUUGCCUCUGUCCGAAUCGGUCUUUACGACUCCAUGAAGCAAUUCUACACUCGAGGCACUGAGAGUGCUGGGAUUGUUACUCGGCUCAUGGCGGGCUGCACCACAGGAGCCAUGGCUGUGGCUUUUGCACAGCCGACAGAUGUGGUGAAGGUGCGUUUCCAAGCCCAGGUACGACUGGCUGAUGGUGGGAGGAGAUACAACAGCACCUUGGAAGCCUACAAGACGAUUGCCCGGGAUGAAGGAGUGCGCGGCCUUUGGAGAGGUUGUAUGCCCAACAUCACCCGUAAUGCCAUUGUAAACUGUUCAGAGCUGGUGACCUAUGACAUUAUCAAAGAACUCAUCCUGAAGUAUGACCUAAUGACAGACAACCUGCCGUGCCACUUCACCGCUGCCUUCGGUGCAGGCUUCUGCACAACAGUGGUGGCUUCUCCUGUGGAUGUAGUCAAAACACGGUUCAUGAAUUCAGGGUCUGGCCAGUACAGCAGCGCUAUCAACUGUGCUCUGACCAUGCUGAGACAGGAAGGACCCACAUCCUUCUAUAAAGGGUUCAUGCCUUCUUUCCUGCGACUGGGGUCCUGGAACAUUGUAAUGUUUGUGACGUAUGAACAAAUUAAAAGAGGCAUGACCAGGGCACAGCAGUACUGGGAGUCACCGUUUUGAUCUCAUUACUGGCGAGACUGUUACUUCAAACAGGACUGCACAGUCACAACGGCCUGAACCAUCACCACAGCGCAGUGGUGACCGGUGGUUGGAAAAGAAGACCUGUAAGUGGCAGGUCAUGGCAGGAAGCUGUAGCUCUUUGACUCCCUGAGUGAACACAAACUCUGAUGGGCAUUUUGCAAUACCAGAAGUGUUUUGGACUUCAAGUAUGAAGAGAUGUUUUGUGCAUUGUAAUGGUGAUCUUCUCCAUUAUGAAAAUGCUCGUUCAAGUGUAAAGGAUGGAUGUGAAUUCCAGAAGGUUAAAUCUUUAUCUCUUAUUCACAUUAUGUACAAGAACCUUGAUCAGCUGGAUGGUACCUAGCUUUGAAGAUGGAUUUUAAUGUUUACAAGAAUGUACUGUGAGACAACGUAUAUAUAAUAAAUACAUACGUUUGCUAUGUAGCAAUAGACAGCUUGAGUCUGGCAACACAGACCUAAACGGUGACCAUUUGUAUGUUACUUAUGUUGCUUUGUGUAUUGUGGAUUGUUUAUAAUGUUUACACUUGUUGAUACAUGUGGUCAGGGGUUUAUAGGUUAAUCUAUAUGCUGCUUAUUGUAAAUAACAUGAUUUAUUGCUGGUCAGUAAGUCAUAAAUAUGUGAUAAAUAAUGUCAAAAUGA